GUUAUCUCCUUCAUCUUGGCCUCCAGUGGCGUCAUUCUGAACAUAUACACCGACCAGCUCGUCAUGUGGUACAAGGUGCUCUGUACACUGUCCGUCGUCUCCUACGCCCUCUUCACGGUAAUUCAAGCGACUUUCGAGACUUGUCGCUCUACGAUUGUAUAUAAUUCUUGUACUUUUUCAGCUGAGUUCCUACAUAUUGGCGAUGUAGACGUCAUUGAAAAUUGGGUCUUUUAUAGAGCAACAAAUAGGAGUCUAAGAAGAAAAUGUACAAGAAAGGACUCAGAGUGGAAAGACAAAACGACGACGGAAUGUGACGUCGGUGCGAAAGCCGUGUUUGGAGACCAGUGGGACUCAAACCAUGACAGUGCAGCAAUAUAA